AGACUCUGUUGUACUAGAAAUUAAGGAGGAGCUUUCGGGUCAGCCACACGAGCUGCUGUACUGCUGCAAUUGCUUUUCAUGUGGACCUUGGGAGCUGAGGUGUUCAGAAGAGAGGUCCAGGAUGGUUUCUGUGUAUCAGCAGGGGCUAGCCUGGGUGCAGAGGGGUAUUUGGGAGGCGACUGCAAUUGGGAGUGAGUGAAAUGGUCAGAAAGGUGGUGAGAGGAGGACAGAAAAAAAUUUCUAGGGAUGACUGAUGAAGCACAUGGCUUAAAGAAAGAGCAGGACAUAUGCUGAUCUUUUAGCAGUUACGUAGUAUAGCAACACAGCACAGGAUUUGUUGUGAUUUUUCUGUGUGAGAAGUAAGAUUAUAUAGAAUCAGUAAAGUUGGAAAAGUCCUCUAAGAUCAUCUAGUCCAACUGUCAGCCCAUCAUCACCAUGCACACUAAACCAUGGCCCUGCUAUGUACCUGGAAGCUUUAGUAUAACACUACUGACUCCCAAAUAUGAGUGCUUUUGACUGUACAGUGUAGUUUUUCUAAUCCUGUGCCUCUGUUACUGCUGCUAGCAGGGCUUGCUGAAACUGCUUACACAUGUAAGGCUUUGUAAGGAAUAAAUAUCUUUGAAAGGUGACAAACUCUGUAGGAAGUGUGAAUCAAGUGCCAGGUCUUACAAAUGCAGAAACACAAUCAAACAAGUAGCUCCUUCCUUUUCCGUCCUCUUCCACUUUUUGAUAAGUUAGAUGGAUAGAUAAAAGGCAACUUUGGUGUUUCUUGGGUGGAUUAGCACCUCUGUCAAUCAACCCCCACCUCUCCCAUGGGACUUUUUUCAUCAGCAGCAUAAAACACCUUUUAACCUUGCUUAUUUUAUAUUACAGGUCCAGUCCUAAAGAUGAGAAUCACCAUGUCCAUAGGAUAUUGGUAUUUUGAGGAGGCGGCAUGGUGGCAAUGUGUAUACAAGAGGUGGAGGCAACACAAUUUCCUGCUGUAGUUACUAUGACCUGAGAGAAACUGUUGGUCAGAAUAUCUGGUGUGAAUAGGGAAUACCAUAGGAAAAAGAUAAGCAAAUUAAUAAAUCCAUGGUUCUUUCAUACCUUACAUACUGUAAGCUGCUCUGCUCCCCUCUCCGCAUUGUUACUGGAAAAGAUACACUUAAGGGCAAUAGGACAUAUAGGUCUUAGAUGAGAACUGACUGAACAGGCUAGGGCUUGUCAGCCUUGUAGAGAUAACUUGGAGAUGGGAUAAUGGUAUGUUGAGGCUCUAUGAAGUUACUGUGGAAAAAGCAGAUGGAGGGGGAAGAGAGGCAUGCGGUGUUAAACGAAGCCAACAGGAGCUAGGUUCAGAGCAAACAAAAGGAGGUGGUUCUUCCACUCAUUGUAGGGAUUUUACAAGUACACUUGCUAUAUGAUUUGUAUACAAGAGGAUUUUGUGGACUGAAGGGUAGGUUAGACAGUAAAAAAAUGUGGGAACUUUUUUGCUCAAGUGAUUGUGACCCCUUUAUGAUAUGCAUGAUGCAGUAAAUGGUAGACCAUGCAUUAUGGCCGAGUAAUGGGUGCUGUAGUUGUGUUCUUUUUGGCUGUCCAUGACAUGAUAGCAUGACAGAAUGUGGUCUGCAGGAUAGUGCUGAAGAUAGCUUUCACAUUUCUCUGCUUUUCCUGACGUGACUACAUGAUUGGCUACCACCUUUGCUUCUCAGCAGCUCUUUAUGUGUAUUAUCAGGUGGGUUUUAGUCUUUACUGUUCAACAGUGAUCAUGUUUCAGUGGUAGCUUCAGGCUUUUACUUUAGGCUUCGCUUGAACGCUUAUGAGAUACAGCUCACUUCAGCAACAUGCAUAAUCACUGCAGUGGAGUCUGCCCAUUCCUUUAUCCCUAUGCUUUUUUUUUUAUAGUGCAACAAGAUAGUGUUUGGUACUCCAACUUUUCUCAUCUGUGAUAAAACCCUUGAAGGCUUAGAGCGAUAUAGGGUAACAAAGAUCAGAGCCUCUUCAAGUGAAAAAUAUACACAAACUGAUGAAAAUUAUCCUAUCAGAAUCUGCUGGUAAUUACAAUUCUGCAGCUUUAUAAUGAAAGUACAGAUUGUGUUUUCUUUUCAAGAAAAACGUUAGAUACGUUUUCAUGAACACAUUUUGGGGAGAACCAGGUGUUUGGUGGCAGCUGGAUUGGAGUAUGUGGCUUUGGAACCAAGCUUUGGUGCAGUUACUGCAUUUCAGAUAGCCCAGUAACUCUGUCUUACUGGGUAGUAACUGAAACAGUUCCCUUUAAAAAGUGUUCAAAGUUUCAAUGUACCCAAGUGGUUCUUUAUGCAUAAGAACGUGAGUACCAUCAGUACAGUAAAACAAACUUUGAUGGGAUUGACUGCUUCAUAUCUUUACACGUAUCUUGUACGGCUGUUUUACAAAUGAGCUGAUGCAGAAGUUCUCUCUUGGUGUGAUUGCUAGUCUUCCCAUUUGACAUGUGGCUUUUGUGAUGGUAAGUCAAAUGACAGGUCUCUGGAGAAUACUAUGCUGGUAGAUUUACAUUUUUUUUUCAUAUUAACACAGCUGGAGAUGGUGCUUUCUCAUUAUGGCUAGACGAGGGUAACUGAGGGCAUGUCUGUGCUGCAUAACUGAGCACAGUGCGGGAAACUCUCAUCCCCUGUGAGUCUGUGGCAUCUGGUUGAACACGUGCUCUGCAGGAGUUAAACCAGUACGGUUACACUCAUGUGGUGAUGUCCCUGCUAAAUAACCCUGCCCAGAAAGAGUAUUGUUGGCCUGAUGACCUUCCUGACUUGGGUCUAUGACUUUGAUAGGCAGACUGCUUUUCUGUAUUGUGCUGUUUGGAUGUUCUAGGUUUGGUUAAGGUGUGUACAGAUUGCCUACAGGCCCAUAUGGUGCAAGGCUUGUGAUCAUUUCUGGAUUAGGAGUGCUGUAAGCUGCUAUUACCUGUAUAUGCUGUCAGCCUUUUUGAGUUCUUAGAAAGUUACCUAUGGCUGCCCCAGACUUCAGAGCUUUCAUUAGGCUUAAUUGCUGUAGAUUUGAUUUGUUGUCCAAGAUGAGCUGCAGAGUACAGUAAGUGUAAUAUCCACGUGAUUGAAACAUUGUCUUGGGUUUGGUAUAGCAUAUUCUGAAAUGAUAAAGUUUAGGAACAUUUACAUUUCACAGUAUUUACUGAAGUUAAGGCAGUUGGCUAGCUAAUACUUUGAAAUAAUGAUAUGAAUGAAUAGGGAGGUUCAAAUACAGGUUCCAUAAAUCAGCAGGUUGAGAAAUGCUCCACAAAUUGUGCACCACACUUUAUCAGCAAAUGUCUGAAUGCAAAGAUGAAUAUUGAUUCUUUGACAGAUGUUUUGAAAUACGUAUUUCUCAAUUUGCUGUUAGCAGGAGGUGGGAUGAUCAAAAUACUAGUUUUAAAGAGUGCAGCAUUUGCAUUUAAAACAAAAAAAAUCAAUCCUGACAUCUUAGAAUCUCCCUCUUUUUUUUUUUUGUUACUGGCAAUAAACGUCAAUUAUGCAAGCAUCCCAAAUCUACCUCGUCAGCAUAUCUCAAUGGUUAUUAGUAGGGAUUAUCUGUUCAAGAGUCUGUGUUGGUGCUUGGCACCCUUUGAGUUUGUGUUUCCCUGGGAAUUAAAAUUUGUUCAGUUUCUGUGGCAAAGGAAAUGUGUAUUUUAACCACUAGAUGGAGCCAUUUUAUUUGCAUGUCAACAUGCUUAUUUACAUAAGCUUAAAAAACUUUAUAUUUUUGAAGUCUGCUCAUUUUGUAUUUAGGGUAUGGCCUGUGGUUAUUUUAUUAUUUGAUUGCAGAUAAGACCGAAUAUUUUGUUCUUCCAAUAGCAGUGUUAGCAUUAUACAGCAGGAAGACUAUUCCACUUUUAUGGGUGUGUAAAAGAGUGAAUGCUUGUGCUCUGUGAGCAUUGCAUUUAUCUUUGCGAAUUAUCCACUCUAACAGGAGUAGAGCCCUAUAGGUUUUGUACACCUUGUGAUACCUGAAGUAACAUUUCAGAAUAUUGAUCCAUAUUAUUGGAUCUCUCAGGCUGGAUGCUUUUGUGACUUCUGAGCAGGAAGGGCACCUAGAACUGAGAUUCUGUUUUUCCUACUCCAGUGCUUUAACUAAACUGACUCAAAACUAUGCAGUGGAAUGGUUGUCCUAUUUGGGUAUAUUGGCACAAGUUGUCUUACUCAUUUUGGCAGUGAUAGAGUGCUCCACAACCUUAAAAAAAAAAAAAAACAAAAAACAAACCCUUGGCUUACUAGUUCUAGCAAGUCUCAUUUUAGCAGAAACAUUUCAAAUGUUGUAUUUGUUGCCUUGCCUCCUAUCGUCUUUCAGCAACCACUUUUCUAAAAUGUAUGGUUUUCUUAGGGUUCGAUUCAUUGACCCUGUUGGUGAAGUAACCAGUGUCUAACCUGCAUUUAUACUUAGAAGUGUCACCUGCUAGGCCUUCAGUUUCCCCAGCUCUUUCAAGUCUUCUGUUCUGAAUGCUCUUCUUGGUGAACACAAGCUUGUAUCAUGAAUGGUGUGGUGAGCAGGACUAGGGAAGUCAUCCUGCUCCUGUACUCAGCAUGGGUGAGGCCUCACCUCGAGUACUGUGCUCAGUUUUGUCCUUUCUGUACUGAGAUGCCCAUUGAGGUUCUGGAGCAGGUCCAAAGAUGGGCAACAAGGCUUGUGAAGGGCUUGGAGAAUAUGCCCUAUGAGGAGAGACUGAAGGAACUGAGGCUGUUUAGUCUGGGGAAAAGGAGGCUGAGGGGAGACCUUAUUGCUCUCUUCCAAUAUCUGAAAAGUGCUUACAGUGAGAGCGGGGCUAGUCUCUUCUCACAGGUGACAGGAUGAAGGGAAAUGGCCUCAAGUUGCACCUGGGUAAGUUUAGGUUGGAUAUCAGGAAACACUUCUUUAUAGAAAGGGUUGUUAAGCACUGGAAUAGGCUUCCCAGAAUGGUGGUUAACACAUCCUUGGAUGUGUUUAAAAACUGUUUGGAUGUGGUGCUCAGGGACAUGAUUUAAUGGAGGGUUGUUAGGGUAGUACGGUUAGGUUGUGGUUGGACUUGAUGAUCUUCAAGGUCUUUUCGAACCUGAGCAAUUCUAUGAUUCUAUGACCAGAGCCUUAAUAGCAUCUUUGUUUCAAAUUCUCUUAUUGUAUGGUAUUUUGCAAGGUAUAGGUAUGUCUUUUUUUUUCCCCAGAAUUCCUACUGUGAGGGAUUUUGAAGUUUCUUCUAACUCGGUGUUGGUGAUUUUGUGCUUCCUUUUUAUUCCAUCUCAUUGAAAAUUUGAAUUUUCAACCAAUGAUGUAGAACAAGCACUAGUGUUUUUCAUAAGCUGUAGUUGUGCUGAAAGGCAUCUAGAGUCUUACUGGCAUUAUGGCUAGGACCAAUACCAAAAUGUUUCUAAACUUCAAAACAGGCUUGAAGGCUUUUAUUAGUGAAAGAGAGUCUGAAGUAGAAGUUUCCAGUCAUCAAACCAUUGUCCUGCUUUAACAGAAUUCCUGGUAUUUGCCUCCAAACAAACUGGAGCUUACUGUGGGUAAGGCAUGCAGACAGAUACUGAAGAGAGGAUGUGGGAUUUACCUAUGGAACUGUGUCUCUUUUGAUUCCACCGUCUGAUGUGUACUGGAUUUCUACUGUUUGACCAUCUAUUCUACCCGCUGCUGCUACUUCCCUCUGGUAUAGCUGUAAUACUGGGGAUCUGUAUAUGUAGAGUUCUGCUUUAAGGCAGGGAGAACUGGAGACUUCCCUGAGAACCUGACUGAACAAUUCAAUUUUUUUUUUUCCGCUGUCAUCAUUUCUCACUGUGAGAACAUAUGAGCACUGAGAGCACGUGUAUGGGCAGUAUGUUUUAGAAGCCUAUGUUUCCCUACAGUGAAAGGUACAGAUUAUUUUUUUUUCCCUAGCCAUUUAUGUGCUGGGCUGAUUCUUUUGUAUUUUCCAUGACUAAUGUCUGCUAAACAUAUGCUGGCUGUGUCUUGGUGUGGAUCUGUUUUUGUGUGAGGAGUAAGACAGCUAAGUGGCUGUAAAUACUUAGGUUAUGGUAAACAUAAUAUUGGAGGUUUUGCCCUUCUAGAGAAAGCUGAGAUUUUGUUUCAACAAAUGUACCACUUCUCAAUACCACGACUGUUACAUUAGCAGAGUAGAGUUAUCAAGUGAUGUGAGAAACUGUAAUCAGGCUGUAACGAGGGUAAAUGUCUGCUACCAAAGAACAGAAAGAAGUUAAAGUAAACUUGUAUUAGAAAUUUUACUGGAAUCUCACUUGGUGUCCGUUUCUGGAGUGGGACAACUUCUCAAACCAACAUUUCUGUUGCCUUGUGAAGACCUUCAGGCUGUUGUGUUCUGGAUCUCAACAGUUAUACUAAGCUGAAGCACAUACAAUUUUUUUUUUCUUUCACACAAGGUUGUGAGUGAGUGAGUGCAGCUAAUAAAUUGUCUGUUGCUAACUGAUCAGACUCAGUUGACAUUUGGAAUCUCCAAAUCUUCAGAUAUUUUGUAUUUGUAAGAAAAGAAUGUAUGGCAGAUGCUAAUGGCCAUAAAACCUUCCUGUACAGACUUAUUUUCUGCUUCUGUUCUAUAACUUCAGUUAAAAAAAGAAUAAAAAAUAGUUUCCUCCCUUACUGCCCUCCACAUCUGUUUCAACUUCUAAAUAACUACUAGUUUCGGCUCUGCUUUGGCUUAUUUAAUUCUACCCCUGCACAGCUGGGUGUCUGUAUAUCCCUCCUGUCUGUUUCCACCUUUCAUAGUCUGUUUUCACAUUUGAACUGUCGUAAGUUUCCUUUUCUUGCAUGCUGUCUCAUUUUCAGGCCUACACAACUUCCUGCAGGUUGAAUUCUGCUCUCAUGUUCAUCACCUUCUCAGCCUGGCUUUCCUCAAGGGCCUGCAUCCAUCUGUUGUUGCACUCCAGCCAUGUUAGCUUUUCCAGUGUUACUCUGUAAUUCCAGUGAGGCUCUAACUCUGACUUCUAAGUCUGCUGAUUACUUUCCAUGCUGUGUGUGUUGGUGUGCAAGCACUUGAGAUGGACCCUCAGCUAUGCAUUCAUCACAAAGUGAAUGAGUGCCUUUUCUGUUAUGGAUUCUUCCAUGUCUUCAUUGAAAUCUGACAGCCUUUUUCUACUAAGCUCUCUUCACAUGAUGGAUGGCAAAGAUGCUCUUGCCCAACUUCAUCGGGUGGAUCCUUGAUCCUGAAAAGAAGCUGGCCAUAGAAAUAAAAGCUCUGUUGGAAAUACCAUGUGGAUGCAUACAGUCUGGCCUGAACCUUCUGCUUCUUUCUGGAAGGACUGAAAAUGCCACCUGGGCCUUCUCACCCUUGCCUGUGGAGUGCACUAUUUAUGCUAAAUUUGCUCAACAAUAACGAUUUGUUUUUUUGGAAGUAUUGCUGGUGACUACAUGGGUAAGUAGCAAAGGGUGGUAUUUUGAGAGCUGGAUAAGCCUUGACAAUCUUUCCAAAACAUCCUAGAUCCCAACAUCCAGCAAGCAGCAGACCUGCAAGGACUUGCUGUUGAUCUUAACUGUGUGCAUGGUGUUAUCCCAUACUGCAGUUACUUCAUCUCUCACUCAUGAGGCUUCUGCUAUACCAGUCCCCAGGGAGGAGCACCUGCUGCUCCUUGCAGUGCAGCAUCUGGAUGAUGACAUUCUCCUGAUGGAGUUCUUAGGAAUGUUUUCUGUGAGGAAUGGUUGCUCCAGCUUAUGGUAGGGAUUUUGCCUUGCAGAGAGUUUUAGGCUGCUUGGUAUCUAUGCCACGUGGACUGCUUUGACAUCUGAUAGCUACCUCUGUUAGCUCAGCCCUGGGAGAUGUUUUGUGCCUGUGCUAAUGUUUUUAAACUAAUAAACUUCACCAUCUAUUUCUGUUCAUGAAUAUAUAUAUAUACGCGUGUGUGUGUGUAUACCUCCACUGUACAUAGAAUCACAUAAUCAUGACGGUUGGAAAGGACCUCUGGAGAUCAUCUAGCCCAACCCACUUGCUAAAGCAGGUUGCCUGUAGCAUAUUGCACAGGAAAGCUCCCAGGCAGGUUUUGAGCAUCUCCAGAGGAGACUCUACAGCCUCUCUGGGCAGGCUGUUCCGCUCGGUCACCUUCACAGUAAAGAAGUUUUUCUCAGUUCUCACGGAACUUCCUCAGUUCCAGUUUGUGCCCAUUGGCCCUUGUUCUGUCACUGGGCAAUGCUGCAAAGAGCCUGGCCCCAUCCGCUUGACCCCCAUUCGUUGGGUAUUUAUAAGCACUGAUAAGAUCCCCUCUCUGUCUCCUCUUCUGGCUGAACAGUCCCAGGUCUCACAGCGGUUCCUCAUAAGGGAGCUUGAAAAGCAAAGUAAUGGAAACAUAAUUAAGAAUGCACUAGGAAGUACUGUGAAUUUGUGAAAUUGAAAGUGGUGUUGUGAAAUUAAAUGAAAGCUGUUCUGUGUGCCUGACUUCUUAAGCAAUUGUGACAUUAACCCUGUGAAGUUAAGGGCAGUUUCACAGGUUGAGGCAUUUCAGGAGCUUGAGUUUCUCCAUUGUGAGCCUGAAUGCAAAAAACAAAAACCUGGUUUCCUGCAGGAGCCUGAUCUACUAUGAACAUUAAUUUACUGUAUUGGUUGUCUCUUCCAUAUAGAUUCUGUAGCAGUCAUUCUUGCUUCCAUUACAGUUGAAAAGAUACUGCUACUUUUAAUUUUGAUGUGUAUUUUGCCACUUAUUAUGUGGCUACAUUGAAACUACCGUCUCUGUGAUCCUUAGUAUUUGCUUCACUUGGACACAACUGUAGCUUCUGAGAGAUGUUGUCCUCUCCCUCAUCUACGAGGCUGUGGUUUUCAGGUGUAUUCUCUCAGGUUUCUUUUUUGUCUUUUCAGAGAGGCGGUAUGUGUUUGCUUUGGGACUCAGAUGGGAUGUCUUUAUGUAAUCUCCAAAGGCUAUUAAAAUAAACUUAAAAAGAGCAGCAGGAAUGUUUUUUGUGAAUAUGAAGAUGAUGAAUAUGUUCAUGAUAGAAGAAAGCUGUGGACCACAAGGUUACAAAUUACCUUCUCAGUGCUGCUCUGGAACAAAGGAGAAGUAUAUUACACAUUCGUGGGUUGACUUAAUUCGUGAAGUCAGAGGACUGAUUGCAUGUUCUUUAAUUAGCUUGCUGAACAAUAAGGUGGGAUUAUUAUUUAGACUAUUACUAGAUUUAUUACUUCUUUGUUUCUCUUAAAAAAAAUAAUUGAAAGAUUAUACUCAAACUGUUUGUUUUAGGGAUAGUGUGUUUUGCGUGCUUUUUUCCUCUUUGGCUUGUACCUCACUAUUGUGAGGAUAUACUACUGUGUAAGCGUAUGUUUAUUUUGAGUGUAAGCACAUGCGUUUCUUUAACAUGUCAAACAUAUUUCGAGACAGACCGAGGGUACGAAAAAGGAAGUGAGAAACUUUGUAGUGAAUAGCCACAGUUGGUGUUGCUGCUGAUGGUAAAUUUCUUCGUUUUCUGUUUGUCAAAUAACUACACUCCACCAGCCAUGCAUUUUAACACUGUUUAUAUAAAAACAAACAGAUAACAUCAGAUGAUUGUUAUGACUCACUUAAGGAAGUGAUAAAACACGAGAGCAGCAGCAGUCCUUUCCUUUUUCAACUUGAUUUUAUUAACAUUGCUGGGCUUGCCUGCCAUUGUCAGAUACCAAAAAGGAAUUUAAGCAGGCGUAUAUUUUUGUCAUUAAUAUUUGGUUGAUUUGCAAAUAGUUACAUAAUGAUAGGGUGGAGAGACAUUUUUUCAGCUUAAAUUAAGUGUUCAAAAGAGUUGCUGGAAAGCUACAUUUUAAACACAAGGAAAAUUAUUAAAACUUCUCUGACUUUUUUGUUGUGCAAAUUCUUGAGCUUUCAAAACUGCCAUUGUACACCUGUCAAAAAAAGGAAGAAUAUCAGCCAGCUUUUUUUUUCUUGGCAUCAGUCUUGCCAUCUAAUUGCUGAUGCUGUAUGAAGAGAUUGCAAUUUAAGUUCUUUAAAAAUAUAACCAGUUUCAAUUUGGUGUACUUGUUUUGUAAUGCACCCUGUCAUAUUAGUUUUAUUUUUACUGUAAUAUAUAACAGUAUAUGUGCAUAUGGGAAGGAUAAAUACUCUUACUUUAUGUUCAGAUAUGUCCAGAUAGUGCUUCAGCUGAAGAUGAGUUUAUUCAAAAGUUGAGAGCAUUUUUCUUUAAAGUUACUUGUAUGACCAUUGGUUUAAACUAUGUGAAAUUACGGAUUCAGGCCUUCAGAACAGUGGACCCCAAAAAAGUUUAAAUAUCUGAUCUCCAAGAAAGAGAACAAAAUAUUGGUAGAAUGCUAGCUUAAAUUAUUAUUUUUUAUGGUAUAACACCAUGCCCAAGUGAUUUUCAACCAUUUGUUUGGUGUGCUUAAAUUUACUUAAGUCAGGGGUCCAUUUGUAGACAAUUGAGUUACAAAACCUUGACAUUUAACUUUUUUAUAAUGCAUACUUGUUUAGUAGAUAGCCAGUUGGUUUGCAGUUGACAAAUAAGAUGGCAGUAGUUGACUGGAUGUUAACAAAUGGUGCUAGCCUGAGAUUUUUAGUUCUUGAGCAUGAGUAAGUUACUUCUGCUGUGAAGAAGACCCAAGUGAAAGGCAAAAUAGAAACAAGAAGCCAAAGCAACUUCAUAUGCCUCAAACCAAAGAGAAUAUAUACUACUUGUAUGCUGAGUUUUGAAUGCACGGAAUAGGCUAAAAAUUUAUUAGAUGUCUCAAAUUGACUACUACAAAUUCUGCUUUUCCUUAUAGUUCCCUGACUUAAAGCAAGCCAAAACAAGAUUUUCCCAUCUACUCAAUGAGAAUAAUGUGUCAAUUUUGAGGGUAUCUUAAAUAAGUGAAUCCCAUAUCCCAGUUACAAAGGCAUAGUGAAGAUGAAAAGCUUCAAAUUGUAACAGGAAAAAGAAUAUCUGUAAAUCAUAGUCAGUCUGUGCUAAUUCUAAAUGUAUUAAUAUAUAGUUAGUGAUAUCUGCUAUGAUGUGGUUGUUUAUGGUUCUGUUAGUGAGUAGUAGCAAAACGGUUGAGCGACUUCUUUCUUUGCAUUGAGGUACAACUCAGUGCUGAACCCUCAGUCCAGUAGUGGCAGCCUUGCUGGACAGAUGCAAUUGCUAGUCUGGGCUCUCUGAGAUCUCUUGGCUAUGUGAACUGUUCUCUCUGUGUUAGCUAGUCUGUUUGUACCAGGCUAGUUGUUACGUAUGUGAUUGAGUUGGGCCUGUACAUCUUAAAAUAAAGGAAAAGUACCAGUCCUGGAGACUAUGUAAGGUGAGAAUUUGUAUGCUAACGAUAGCUAUCAAACCAGGUGGACUUCUUCCAGAUUAUAUAGUUCUUCAGUGUGUACAAGGCAUGAAUGUUUACCUGCUUGUCCAUAUCAAGUAGCUCUGUGGUUGAGUUUCUUGUAGGGGAGAGGGAGGAGAGUAGAUCAAGACUUCAAAAUUAUAUAGUGAAGAUUAAUGCACUCACACAUAAUCAACUUAUUGACAAGAAGCUUAUUUUUUUUUGCCAGUUGCCCUUGGAAAAGGUCUGUAAGGGCUUGAUAACCACUGGUUAGGUGGUUCAGGUCAAGUGAUUGGAGCUGCAGUCUGAUCUGUUGCUGUAAGAGGCUACUGUAAUUGGGGGAAAGUCACAAGUGCCACUUCCAGGUGCCAGGAGAAACCAAAGCCAGAGUGAACUUGUUGGCAGCAGAGGCACCAGGGAACCAGGCAAAAGUGUACCUUUUUUCAGAAAUGGCUGCUAGAGAAGGAUGUCACUGUCUCUAGACGUAAGUUUGUUUUAGAUGCUGUAGAGGUGACAGGAGAUCUGAACAAUAGCAGUGCAGGCAUCAGAGCUGGGAAAGGUGCUGUGGAUGCUGCAGGGAGCCCAAGCUGGGUUCUGACUAGGGAAGGCAGCGGAACUGAGUGCAUUGGGAAGUGACAGAAGGGAUGUCUGUAUUUGUAUUCAUGCUUGUUUCAAGAAGUGUGAUGUAUGUGUACAGCGUGCAUGAGUUUUCACCUAAGAAUAAAUAACGCAUACUUUGAAGAUGAGAUAUUGGGUCUUGUGACUUUUGCAUUUGUACUGUUUGUUUUGAAGCCUUGAGGAUCAAGAUGAUUUGUGGUGAUAUGGCACAAGAAUGUGAAUAUUAAGGCAACGUUAUGGUAUGGAAAACCUGUUUCUUGCUUCAGUUGUUUGGCAGUAUAAAAUGGGCUUGGGGCAAAGAUGGGAGAAACUGCCUUUCUUGUCUCAAGUGUCACUACAAAAAUACAGAUAUAAAAUGUUUUUUUUUAUUGUGCAAGUCUACUGUUUUGCUAACAGAUUACUGAUUGUUCUGGGCUCCCCAUUGCAAAAAAGACAGGGGUCUCCUGGAAAGAGUCCAGCAGAGGGCCAUGAAGAUGAUAAAGGGCCUGCAGUACCUCCCUUAUGAGGAAAGGCUGAGCUCCCUGGGUCUGUUCAGCCUUGAGAAAGGAAGACUCAGAGGGGAUCUGAUCAAUGACUAUACAUAUUUUAGGUGCAGGAGGCAAAGGGACAAGGUCAGACUCCUCAGCGGUGUGUAGUGAUAGGACAAGGGGAAACUGCCACAAACUGGAGCAUGGGAAGUUCUGCACAAAUGUGUGUAAGAACUUCACAGUGAGGGUGAUGGAGCACUAGAACAGGUUACCCAGAGAGGUUGUGGAGUCUCCUUCCCUGGAGAUAUUGAAGAUUCGCCUGGAUGCCUACCUGUGCAACCUGGUCUAGGGAGCCUGCUUUGGCAGCGGGGUUGGACUCAAUGAUCUCUAGAGAUCCCUUCCAGUCCCUACGAUUCAGUGAUUCUGUGAUAAACAUCUUCUGAAUCUGAUAGUAUUCCUGAAGCGAAGUACAGGGGGGAAUAUGAGGGAAUGAAUUGAGGAACUGCUUUCAAUCUCCUGUUGCUUACAUGGGGACCAUUAAAAUAAGGUAAUGAUCAAGGAAGGGAUCUGUGAAAAGUGGUAUCAGGUGAUGGAGAGCCUAUGUGUGCCCCUCUGUGGCCAUUCAUAGCCGGGUUACUUCUCAAGAGUUCCAUGGGAAAUUCACGUGUAACAGCUAGGAACAGAGGUAAGUUUUUGAGUAUGCCUUGGCAAGGGAUAUUUUCUUACUUUACCAUUUCUUUUGGGUUCUAGCUUUGGCAUAAAAUACGUAAUGCUUUUCUUUGUUAGAAGAAAGUUUGGCUUUUAUCCAUAACCUGAUCUGUUGACAGAUGGCCUCAAAGGAAUUAGAUUGUCACUGAGUGUACUGUUCUGUGUGAGCGUUGAGUGGAUGCAGUGACGUGGAAAGAGUCCUAUGGAAUGUCUCCCUAGAAAAUUGUUUGGGACUCUGAAGAAAUUGGUGUUUUCUCCACGUACCUGCAAGGAUCGACAGUGAUUUGUGUUGCAGCAGUGGAGAGUUUCCGUUGGUGGCUGCAGACAAGUGCCCCUCUGUUGAAGUUGGAAAGAGGGUGCUUGCAGCUCUACUUAGGUGUUGCAUACUGCUUUGUAUACAUCUAAACAGUGAGUUCUUUCAAGCUGUAUAGUAUUACCGUGUUACUCUGCUGGUUCACUUUCACAUGGGUUACUAAGGUACUAGUGAAGUGCCUGCUUUAUUUCCUCAGUAACUGGACAGAGUGUCAGCGGUUUAUGGACUGGUUCGGCCCGGUUCUGUGACUAGUGGGGCAGAGGGAUCUGCACAUGUGUGCCUCCAGAAAGGGGAAAUGGGACCCUGAAUAAUUAAAAACUGCAGCAACAAUCUGAGGAGAAACAAACUAGUUUACUAAAUAUGGUAUCAGAAUGCAAGAUAACAUGCUAUAAUACAGUAUAAUUGGAAUUGAAGCUAGUAAAUAAAAUAUAGUGAGAGAAAGUGUCCAAAAAAGCUGAAGGCUUUACACUAAUGGCGUGUGGUUGGAACGAGCAGCAGUGAGAGAGCCUGGUGAUUGAAAAGAGGGAUGCCAGGUGACCUACCAAGGCCUUAUAUGUGUUCCCCCUGAGCAGGAAUGAUAACGGAACAAGGAACAAUCUUCUGGGGAAUGUAGUUCUUCUCUUCCGGACAGGUGCCUGGAACUGGAGCAUUAACUCUUUAACUCCCAGUGCACUACAUGAUGUAAUGAUGUGGAAUACCAAUAACCACAAAUCAUAAAACCACGACAACAGAGACCCACAGCAGCUUUCCAGUGGCCUGAUUUUAAAGAUAGAAAUGAAAACUGAACUGUAAAUGAUCUCCUGGAUGUAAACUUUUCUUCUUUUUUAAAGUUUUGGUUUUCCCUGGUUUGUGCUAUCUGUAUUACUGAAGAAAGCAUUUCUAAACCCCUUAGAUCCCAAUAAAUGACUUUUGUUAGGAGAAAUAUCAGAAAUUUAUGAAAAGAAUCCUGUUUUCCAUUUGUCUUUAGUAUGCAUAGCAGUCAUGCAUUGUGGCAGUUGUCAGUGGUGAAGUUCUAAACUUGCAUCACCAGUGGGGACACAAAUUUUGCAACAAGCUCUGUGCUUUAUAUCAUAACCUGAUAGUUUCAAUCAAUCCGAGAUGCGGGAAAUCUGAACCUGAAAAUGGACAGUUAGUUGGAAGUCAAACAAAAAGAUACUCUCUAAAAGAGCUCACGUCAUCCUAAAGCAGCAAAACUUUUGGUGGUGUUAGUUAUGGGACUCUACAAAAUAGGAAAGCUGUUCUUUGUUAGUGUCCUCCACUGAUUAUGUAAGCUAACAUAUUAAACUUAGUAGUAGCGUGCAGUUUGACAGAAGUCUUAUUAAUGGAGAUAAUGUUUCUUCGGAGUUGUUCAGAGACUAGAUAUAAUGGAACAGUGCCAGAUUUACUUGCUUUAAACUGAAUAAUUGGAUGUGUUCCUGUAACCGGGACCCUACAAGAGGGUUAGUAUUGAUACUAAUUACAUUACAUUACAAUGAGUUAGUAUUCUUUUCAACACAGAAAGGGCCACCCAGCAUAUAGCUACAGCAGAACUGAGAAGUCUGGAGCAUAGCACAGUUUGUCUUCCCUUCCAGAUGAGGGUUGGUUUUAAAUGCUGAUUACUUAAUUAUUACUUUCCUUUUUUUUUUUUUUUUGAGUUUGUUUGUUACUAUAGUAGAGAGGGCCUGUACUUCAAGGCUUGCUCACAGCGUGUUUGUAAAGUGGUCUCUAAUUGACAAGUGUAGGAUGGGAGAGUUAUGUUCUUCUUAGAUUAUCUGUUAGUAUCAUGCAGAUAUGAAUUGUAACUCCUUUGAUUGCUGCCCUCCUUCAGUGGCUUCUUCAUCACCUCAGUGUUCAGCCUUCACACUCCUCGAUACAGAGAUUCUGAAUGCUUAUGUGUCACAGUUUUAUUUAUGAGUAACGGAACUACACAUAAGUGCAGGCUUCUGGAUUUGAUCUCUUUAGAGAAUUCUGAGAAUCAGCUGUGGAUUUUGUUUUCUUUACAAGUAUUGAUAUAAUUUUCUUCUGUAGUUUCAUAAAGUUCCAGUAAAAACUGCUUGAAGAGAGGAUAUUUUGUGUUGUCUUUGUUGCUUUUGGUCCAUAAAAUCUUGGUGACAAAGAUAAGAAUUGAGAAAGUGUAUUUGAGUCAGUGCUUUAGAAUGGAUAUAAAAGGUUAAGGAUACUUGAUUUUUUAGCAGUGUAAGCAUAGAUGUGUUUCCUGUAUUUGUGUUUUCUAUCAAAUGCAUUGUUUGAUAAGUGUCUUGAUAAGCUUCUGGACUAGUCAGGUUAAUUUGCAACAUCCAGAAAAUAUUUGAGUAGUUAACUGGAUUUUUUUGUUCUUUGUUUGAGUAAGCUUUGCUGUGGAAUAUAAUACUGCUUUAAAGUGCCAAUAAGGAUGUAGGGCUAUAAAAGUAGGCAAAUGAUUAUUUAAAGAAAAAGGAAAGGGGUGAGUUCCAGGAAACUUCUGAACUCUCUUCCACCCUCUUCCUCCACCCUUCUUGUUAUAAACAAUCUGUGUGUGCUGCUUAUGGCAUCUUCUAAACCUGCGUAUCUAUCUUUGUCUCCAAAUGCUACUUAAUUCUUUCAGAGCUUUUAGCCAUGUGGGUUUACCUUCUAAAUUCAAACUAAGACCCAGACUAGAAGCAUGCUGAUGCUGUGAUUCUCAGUCUGGCAUUGUGGUACCAAUACCUCCAUUGUUGAAUGCGUUAGUGAUGAUGCUGAUUAGGAGAGCAUAUGUGUGUAUGAAUGUGUACAAGCUGCUAAUAACAUUACAUGCUAUAAAAAAAAUUGUCCAUUUAUCUUAUGGGAUCAAUCGGAAAUGAAGCAGGCUUCGAAUACACGUAUUGUUCUUUAUAUUCCUUUUUUAGUGAUACAUCUGCUAUUAUUGAGGGUUUUUUUAUUUUUAUUUUUUUGAUGCUGAAGUAAGAAAACACUGGCAUUUCUAAGAGAGGUCUUUUAGAAACCUGUCUAUGAGGAGAUCUUGUAAAUCUUGGUCCUUAAAGUCAGAGUAUGAACUCUACUGCUUUUAUUUAAAUGAAUUGCAUCCCAGACAAGAGCUCUGAAAUAAACAUUAAGAUCACCAAAAGCUGUGAUGUUGUCUUUCCCAAAAUAUCCAAUUUUCUUCAAGGGUGAUUAAAAUUUCAGUAAAAAGGUACCGUUUUCUACUAAAGGUGAGUGCCAUGCUGCCAUUAAGAUACAACAUCAUUUGAUUAAGGCUACUUAAUCAACUUAGGCAACAUAAGAUUGUAUUAAAAAAAAAUAGAUUAGGAGGUUGCUUAUAGUAUGGUUAUAAUCUAGGCAAAUGAAAACAUUAUCAUUGUAGACAUGGAGAUUUGCCUAGAGGGCAGGAAUAUUCAAACUUUUUCUGUUUAAAUAUUUCUCUGUGUGUUGUUUUUGGCUUUGGGUGGGAAGGUUGCAGUAUUUUUAUUCUUAACUGCUGUUUCUCAUAUACUUCAAAUUUCAUUUCAUGUAACUAAUUUAAUAAAAGUGAAGAUGUCUCUGUAAAUACCCUUAAUACCCUCUCCCCCUCUGCCCCCCCAGAAAAAAACCAACACCAAAAACCGAAUAACCUACCAGCACUGUUAGACAUUUACAUUUCCAUUUGUGCAUGUGUAAUUAAGUUACCUGAUGGCAGGAAUUCGCUUGUUGCAUUGACAUGUCCCCAUGGCUGUAAGCUGUAGUUCAUCUUUUUUUUUUGUAUGUCACAGUAAAAGGAGGUGUUUGCUCCUGUGCAGAUAGAUCAUUUGUCUACAGGUUUGAUAGUUUCGGAAGUACAAACUUGUUUUGGAGACUUGGUAUCUAAGUUGUUAGAAAAUGCCAUGCAGUUUUUUUUAUCUGCUCUUCCUUGUCUAACAUAUGUAGAAAUAUGACUUGGCUAUGACAUGCAGUUGCCAUUGUGGGGAUGAACACUUCCAUUUUUUUCUCAAUAAUAUAUAUAAAUUCCAUACUGGCUCUAAAAUCCUGAAUUAGAAAUGUCUGGGCCAAUGUGCCUGAAGCCAUUGGAUAUAGCAUAAUUGAGUCAUAUUGAUGGAAAAUGUUUUGUUUAUGUCUCCAAUCUGAAUUAUGUAUUUUAUUCAUUUCUCUGUUGUUUGAUUUACUGUGUAUUUGAGUUAGCAUUUUAGUUUUCUGACUUUUAAUGGGAUUGUUCGUGUUCAUAAGGACAUCUUAAAGCUUUUGAAACUUCCUUUCCAGUUUGGGAAGAGAACGCAGGAGGAGUGUAUGUACCAAAGGGUGUGGUUUGAUAUAUUGAAGCUUUAGGGUUCAUAGGGCUGGAUCAGAAUUGCCAGGGUUGCAUCUCGGAAAGCAUAGGCCUGGAGCAGGCUUGUUUUGAAAGUUUGAAUUUGCCAUGUAAGAAAAUUAUGGUGGUAAAUCACAGGUAGGCCUUACGCAACACAAGAUAAUAGCCUGUCUUCCAGGAGUCAGCAUAAAAGCUUGUGUAAAUUCUGUUCCAUUUUCUAAUUUGACUUGAGAUCUGUCUUUUUGGAGCUCAUAUUUUUUGCCACUGGGUGGUGGCACAGUGAUUAAGCUGCAUGGUAAUGUGGUCUUACUGCUGUAUUAACAAGACAGAUAACUUAUAUUACUUAUCCCAAAAUGAUUAAAAACAUUUCUGCGUGGUUUGGGUAGCUUUUUCAGAAAGCACCUUUUUUUGGUAGUAGGCUGGUUAGAACUCAGUUUAAAUGGUAAUGUUGUCUCAAGUAGAGAAUUCCAAGUGUUUGUUAAACUGAUCAGAUGACAAAUAAUUUGCCUGUUGGAUGCAUUAGACCAAUUUUACUAAGUAGUCACUCAAGUCAUGAGUUUUCAGUAACAGUCCUAGAGUGUUAAUUUUUGCUCUUCCAAAGAGUGAUGUGUGUAUCUCUCUUGGAAGCACUUCUGUAUAGAUUCUUCUACGUGAUUACUCAAGAACGGGAGAAGAAUAUUGUAAUGAAGUAUUAAAAAUUCAUUUUUUUAAUGACUAUUCUUUAGAAAAAGGAUGGUGUGGAUUCAGAAGAGGUGGGGGUUUUCUUUCAUAACUAAUUUUUUAGAUUUCUGUCAGAUUUUUUUCCCUUAAACAUUGUCCUUUGAACUGUUGAUUUUACCCAACUUAGGAUAGGACUUCUCUGCAGGGCAUGUCCGUAUCAGCUGGAAAUGCCCCUCAUGGUCCUGCUCUUCUGCCACCUGCGCCAGACACCCUCCUGAUGCCAUCGGUGCCAAUUUGACAGCAGUGUCUUCACAGCUGAAGUGGCGAAAUGUUAUUAGGGCUGGCUUUCUGCUGGAUACCCUGACCUGGGUCAUGAUGAGGAAGCUGUCGUGGAUAUGGGCAAAAUCAGCUCUACUAUCAAUACAAACUUUGAGAAAGAAGAACUAGAGAGCCACAGAGCUGUUUAUAUUGGCGUUCAUGUCCCAUUUGGAAAGCAGGGUCGUCGACGGCAUAGACAUCGUGGGCAUAGACAUCACAGAAGAAAAAAAGAAAAAGAAACUGAUAGAGAAGAUGGCAGAGAGUCUCCAUCGUACGACACGCCAUCCCAACGAGUGCAGUUUAUCCUGGGUACUGAAGAUGAUGAUGAACACAUUCCUCAUGAUCUCUUCACUGAAAUGGAUGAACUUUGCUUCAGGGAUGGAGAAGAGUAUGAGUGGAAAGAAACUGCUAGGUGGCUAAAAUUUGAAGAGGAUGUUGAAGAUGGUGGUGAUCGUUGGAGCAAGCCUUAUGUAGCAACUCUGUCUCUACACAGUCUCUUUGAAUUGCGAAGCUGUAUUCUUAAUGGGACGGUCAUGUUGGACAUGAGAGCAAACACACUAGAUGAGAUAGCAGAUAUGGUCUUGGACAACAUGAUUGCUUCUGGCCAACUGGAUGAAUCGAUAAGGGAGAAUGUGAGAGUGGCACUUCUAAAAAGGCACCAUCAUCAAAAUGAGAAAAAAUUCAGCAAUCGGAUUCCCUUGGUUCGGUCUUUCGCAGAUAUAGGCAAGAAACAUUCUGACCCUCACUUGCUUGAACGAAAUGGGGAAGGCCUUUCAGCCUCCCGCCACUCUUUGCGAAGAGGUCUCUCUGCCUCAAAUAUUUCCCUGAGAGGAGAAAACCGUUUGUCAGUUCUUCUCAAUUACCUUCUUCCCUCUUCAAGAGCUGGAACCCCGGCAACCUCAAGGUGUACAACCCCUGUAACUACCCCUCAAAACACACCACCCUCCAGUCCUACCUGCAGCCACCCGCCAACCACAAUUGCCCAACCAAGUCCACUUCAGGGCAAGGAUAUUCCUUCAGUAAUUAUCCACCCACCUGAGGAGGACUUAGAAGUGCAGGAAAGCCAGGAAGAGAAGACAGAGGAGAAUGUUGGCAAAACACCAGGGCUGUUAGCAUCUCCUCAGUCAGCACCUGGAAAUUUGGACAAUGGGAAGAGUGGAGAUGUUAAAGGUACUGGGACAGGUGGAAGCAGAGAAAACAGCACUGUUGAUUUUAGUAAGGUUGACAUGAACUUCAUGAGGAAAAUUCCUUCCGGAGCAGAAGCAUCAAAUGUGUUAGUGGGAGAAGUAGAUUUUUUAGAAAGACCUAUUAUUGCUUUUGUGAGGCUCUCUCCUGCUGUGCUUCUCUCAGGCCUCACAGAGGUUCCCGUACCUACACGGUUUCUGUUUUUAUUGCUGGGACCAGCAGGAAAAGCUCCGCAGUAUCAUGAAAUUGGAAGAUCAAUAGCAACACUUAUGACAGAUGAUGUUUUCCAUGAUGUUGCCUAUAAAGCUAAAGAUAGAAAUGAUUUAUUAUCAGGAAUUGAUGAAUUUUUAGACCAAGUGACAGUACUACCUCCAGGAGAAUGGGAUCCAUCUAUACGAAUUGAACCACCAAAAAGUGUUCCUUCCCAGGAGAAAAGGAAGAUACCUAAGUUUCCAAAUGGAUCUACUCCUACAGGAGAGACUCUCAAAGAAGAAGGUCAUCAUGCUGGACCUGAACUUGAGAGAACUGGAAGGCUUUUUGGUGGUUUGAUACUUGACAUCCAAAGGAAAGCACCUUUUUUCUUGAGUGACUUCAAGGAUGCAUUAAGCCUGCAGUGCCUGGCCUCGAUUCUUUUCCUAUACUGUGCCUGUAUGUCUCCUGUAAUCACUUUUGGAGGGCUCCUGGGAGAAGCUACACAAGGCAGAAUAAGUGCAAUAGAAUCCCUCUUUGGAGCCUCGUUAACUGGGAUUGCCUAUUCUCUCUUUGCUGGGCAACCUCUUACUAUUUUGGGGAGUACCGGACCAGUUCUAGUAUUUGAAAAAAUACUAUUUAAAUUUUGCAGGGAUUAUGGGCUUUCCUACCUCUCCCUACGAACUAGCAUUGGUCUGUGGACUGCGUUUUUAUGCAUAGUGCUUGUAGCAACAGAUGCCAGCAGCCUUGUCUGUUACAUCACUCGAUUUACUGAGGAAGCUUUUGCAGCGCUUAUAUGCAUCAUAUUUAUUUAUGAGGCAUUGGAAAAGCUUUUUCAUUUGGGAGAAGUGUAUGCCUUCAAUAUGCACAAUAAUUUGGAUAGACUGACUUUAUAUUCGUGUGUAUGUUCUGAGCCUCAGAACCCCAGCAACGAAACCUUGAAGGCUUGGGGGAAGAUGAAUAAAUCUGUGGAAACUAUCGCAUGGAGUAACCUUACUGUAACUGAAUGUUUAGAAUUUCAUGGUGUGUUUCAUGGAUCUGCUUGUGGCCAUCAUGGACCAUAUAUUCCAGAUGUUCUCUUCUGGUCUGUCAUAUUAUUCUUUACAACAUUUUUCCUCUCCUCUUUCCUUAAGCAGUUCAAGACCAAGCGCUAUUUCCCAACUAAGGUGCGUUCUACGAUCAGUGACUUUGCAGUAUUUCUGACGAUUGUAAUCAUGGUUUUGAUUGACUAUCUUGUAGGAGUGCCAUCUCCUAAGCUUCAUGUUCCAGAGAAAUUUGAACCCACACAUAAGGACCGAGGGUGGUUCAUAGACCCUCUUGGAGGCAAUCCUUGGUGGACGCUCCUGGUAGCUGCUGUUCCUGCUUUACUCUGUACCAUUCUCAUUUUCAUGGAUCAACAAAUAACAGCUGUUAUUAUAAACAGAAAAGAGCAUAAGCUCAAGAAAGGCUGUGGUUAUCAUCUUGAUCUUUUCAUGGUUGGUAUUAUGUUGGGAGUCUGUUCCAUAAUGGGCUUACCGUGGUUUGUCGCAGCAACUGUCCUGUCUAUAAGUCAUGUUAACAGCCUUAAAGUUGAAUCUGAGUGUUCUGCACCAGGAGAGCAACCAAAGUUUUUGGGAAUCCGGGAGCAGCGAGUGACAGGAUUGAUGAUUUUUGUCCUGAUGGGGCUGUCAGUGUUCAUGACCUCUGUGUUAAAGUUUAUUCCAAUGCCAGUUCUGUACGGUGUCUUUCUUUACAUGGGAGUGUCUUCAUUAAAGGGCAUUCAGUUUUUUGACCGUAUAAAAUUGUUUGGAAUGCCUGCCAAGCAUCAACCUGACCUGAUAUAUCUGCGUUAUGUACCACUCUGGAAGGUCCAUAUCUUUACAGUUAUUCAGCUCACUUGUCUAGUUCUUUUGUGGGUGAUAAAAGCCUCUGCAGCUGCUGUUGUUUUCCCUAUGAUGGUUUUAGCAUUAGUGUUCAUUCGCAAGCUCAUGGAUUUAUGUUUUACCAAAAGAGAGCUUAGCUGGCUCGAUGAUCUGAUGCCAGAAAGUAAAAAGAAGAAAGAAGAUGACAAAAAGAAAAAAGAAAAAGCAGAAGCAGAGAGAAUGCUUCAGACGGAAGACAACGAAAGUGUACACCUCCAGUAUGGAGAAGGAAAUGUUUUGAAUUUUCCUGUAAAAACUCUAAAAUACAGCGUUGAUCCCUCAGUUGUAAACAUAUCAGAUGAAAUGGCCAAAACUGCACAGUGGAAGGCUCUGUCCAUGAGUACUGAGAAUGCCAAAGUAACCAGAGCUAACCUGAGCCCUGAGAAACCAGAAAGUGUGAAAAUAAAUGUGGAAGAUUCACCUGUUGUGAAAUACGUGGAUGCUGAAACAUCUUUAUAGAACUGAAACAGGGAAUUGUGUGUAUUUGUGUGUGUGUAUAUACAUCAUUGUAGGAUAUUCUACCAUUGAAGUGUGAUUUCCAAUGUAAGGAGUAACAUGUAUUUAAUUCUGCCAUUGUUUAGGGAACUGUAGAUAUGCUGACAUGAGAAGAUUUUCCUGCAGAUCAUUUGAGUGGUAAUCACACUUCAGCUAUUUAUUUUAUUGGGAAUUUUAUUUUCAUUUUAAAUAGGAAUAUUGUAAUGGAUGCAUAUUAUUUUCAAUAAUCAGUCUGUGCAUAAAGGUUAAAUCAGCUUUUGCUGAUGGUUACUGGUCCACAUUGCUUAGAAUUUCGCAAUACCUCUGUUUAUAAUGUGCGCUACAGAAGUUUGUUUUCCAUGCAGGAAAUUACUGCUUGUUUUUGCAGGGUAUACUUUUUUUGUGAUUUCAUAGAUCAAAUAUUAAUGUACUGUUAACAUGAACUACUGUGUUCUCUGUCUCCACUACAUGCUAAUGUGUUUUGGAUUCUGUCAUUCAUAUUUUACAGAGGAGGCCUAGAGCCCUAAGUCAGAUGGCUAAAUAACCCUUGAAAUACAUGUAAAUAUUCUGUUCUGCUACUUUUAAACAUACCCCUGAUUUUUCAUUGUCAUCCAGUAGCCAUAUGAUUUUAUUAACUGCAGUUACAGUCCCAAGUCAGUAUUUGCCAUUCUGAAAUCUGUGUUUACACAAUAUAAAUUGAAUUUAUAGGCAGCAAUUUGUUCUGUAGGAAGUUAUACUUGCUACUCUUGAUUUCUUCACCUGUUUUUAUUUACACUUUCCAUUGACUUUGAAAAACUGAUUUCCUCGUCUCUAAGACUGACACUUGAGAGUAUUUCACGUCCUUAUCAAAAUGUCUUUCUUGCUCAAUUCAUUUUUAAAAUUUAUUAUAUAUUUGAUUAAAUUAGCCACAGUUCUGUAAUAGGUUUAUGAUCAGUAUUAUUUUAUAGAUUACAAAUUGCUUGUGGUAUUUCUGUGUACAGUUCUGAUUCUCUUCAUUGUAAAGGGCUUCUAUAUGAUAGCACACCAACUUAUUUUAAGCAUUUUAUUUAUUUUAAUUAGUAUAAAAUUUUAUCGUGUUAGAAGAAUUGAAAAAGUAAAUAUUCAUUUAUUGACGUAAAUGGGAUUUUGGAGGUUCAUUGAUUAAAAAUGCAUUGAUUUAAAAAGUGCAUUUAUUGUACUUACGUUUUUGAGGUUUAGUGUUUAGCAGUGUAAAAUCUGAGAUUAUGAGAAUUUUAUGUGUAAAUGAAAACCUUGAUCACUUACCUGCUGCAGUUUCCAUUACUAACAUUUUUUGCCUUAUGCCUUUGUUUUUUGGCUUGAAUUUCUGAAAUGGUCUUUUUAGAUUCUACCAGCCCUUUCUGGAUGUAUUAUAAAGGCUUUAAUUAGAAUCUGUGCACAUUUCAAACUAGAACAUACUGUUAGCUUAAUUCUGUUUUGGUAGAUUUGCAAGAUUUACUGUGGACCUCGUGGUAAAAUUCUCAGUGAAUGCAAAAGGAGCAGAUUUUGGAGGAAGGUGGAGUUCAUCUGGAAGUACCACCUGAGGUGGAAUUCUGGUAUUCUUCAGACAAGUAACAAUGAGAUGAAAGAUAAUUAUAUCUUAUGAAAACAAACCCAUCAGUUGGAAUGAGAGGAAAUAUUUGAAAGUAAUGCUUAAGUUACAUGGGCUGUUAACCGUUCCCAUUACACGUAAUGUAAUAGUUUAUUUUUUUGUGCUCUCCGUUUGACUGAAUUGAUAAGGCAGUUCACUGAAAACACAUACUAGUGUACAGCAGUAUGAAUGAUCCUACCCAAACUCUCAUGGCAAAGGCUCAGUGGAAGAGAAAAAGUAAGGUCUGCAUUACUAAUUUGACUAGUACUGUGUGUGACCUUUAUAGGACAAUGUCCGUUUAUCCUUAGAUAACAGCGCAGCUUGUGCCUUAGCUUGAGUAUAUGCUCUUUCAGGAAAUAGCUGUUUUCCCUCUAGUGAAACUGGGAUGCAAUGAAAAUAUGGCAGAUGGUUGCCCAAAACUGUUGGCAUUAUUCAAAAGAAAAAAACAAAACAACAGCACAUCUGCUCGUCCGUUACUGGCUAUUAACUGGCUACUGGUGAAUCUAAGAAGGAAAAUACUAUUUUGAGCAGUUUACAUAGUGUUAUCCACAAUAUGCCACUUUUGUACCAUUCUUCUUAGUAGUAUUUGAUACAUCGUAUUCAGAGCCCUAUGAUUGUUUCCAAGAUUCUGAAGUUGAUUAUAACCCUCUGAGAUUUUUUAACUCUUCACUGCCAGAAAUCAGGAUUCCCUGGUGCUAUACAACUUUCAUCUGGCUUCUGCUUUUGAAGGGUUAAAGAAUGGCCAAUAUUGCAGGAAGCAGGUGUUUUUCUUGUGAAGUUUAAACACAGCAAACGAGCCACCAAAGCCCACAAGUCUAAUUGCAGUAUUUCUUUAAAUUCUAAUUCUGUAGAUACUUUCAUCAGUGCCAGAAAUACCAUGACUUGCAAAGCAGUUUACAGUGACCUUUAGUUUCAGUGUUCUUUGUUAGUAGCCUGUCCUGCUUGCACUUUUUUCCCCAUGUGAAUAGAAGACAACCUGGUAUUGAGUGCAUAAAAACCCAUGGUUAACUUACGGUUAAGUAACUUACUGCUCAUUGUAUAUCACUUUUGCUUUAAAAUUGUGCAUAGUUGAAGUAAAGCUAAGGAUAUCGUGGACUGUAUAUAGAUAAGUUUUGCCUUAAUGGGUGCAAAAGAGCAGUGAUAAGAACUGUGCACUGAUACUUUCACAGGGGUUAAGCCCUGUAAAAAUUAAGCCAAUAUAUUUCCAUUCCAGCAGUUGGAGGUAAAGGAACAGUCCUGCACUUUUUUUUAGAUGCCUUGGUUUCCCGGAAUGGAGCUUAGUGCUACUGUGUAUCUGGCUACAGAGCCACCUCAGGAAGUCCCCAGUUUUCUUUUUGUUUGUUUGUUCUGUUUCCCCUUUUCUUUUCUUUCUAAUUUAUUUAUAAAUAUGAAUGUUUACAUAAAGCGUGGGUCUUAAUUUUGACCACUCCAUUUAAAUUAUCAUCUAAAAUAUUUCACUUAAAAUACAGUCUUUUGUUUAAAUUAAACUCUGCAAAACUCCUUCUCAGUACUUCUCACGUGUUACAGCGACGUGCUUUCAUUCUGUUUACAUAUGCCCAAGUUAAUUAUACCUUCCUAGAUUAAUUUUACAGCUGCAACGGAGUAUAUUGUUUAGUAAAAUGUUCCAAAUUGCCAAGUUCGUGGUGGUGAGGCCGUUAGGGUAGAAUUCAGUGCCCUGUUAGGGUUUUUCAACCAAAUGUACAGGCUGUUUUUCUUCUGUAUGUAAUGAAAGCUUUCCCGUAACUUUUCAUUUGCUUCGCUUGCAUCUUUGUCUUUAUGUGGUAGUUUCCUAGUUCCUGCCUCGCGUCAGGCAGGUUCAGCUUCUGUAAUAUACACCUGUGACAAAGCGGUGUCCUGUCACAGAGCCUGCACAGUUUUAAAGGAUUAUCUUGUACAUACGUUCUGUAAAUCUAAGAUAAAUGACUCAUGAUUUUUGGUUCACAGCGUAGCCUCUUAGGUGAGCCUCACGAUGAUUUUAGUUUUCCUUUUGCUUUCUGUGAUUAGUAAUGUUUUAAUUACUCAUUUAGGUGAAAUUUAUUAUAAAGUACAGUAUGAACGUGUGAAAUACUUUGUUUAUACCAACAGUAAUUUAUUUUACAGCAAAUUUUAAGACUAGAAGCACACAGCUUUGAGUCAAUGUAAGACUAGUGCUAUGAAUACAAAGCAAAUUGCUUAGGAUUUUAAGUCCGUUUUAUUUUGUAACUUUUUUUUUAGGGAGAACUUAUAGGAACUUCUUAGUUGGCAUUGAAGUUAACCUAAAAGACAUUUUCAUACUGAAUUUAGGAUCCGCUGGCAUUUGUUUGGAAUAAUGAGUUUGAAAACCAGUCCUUUUCUACGUGUCGCCGUUGGGGCGAGGCACACCCUUUGCAAUACAGCCCCUCCUGCUGCGGGCGCUCCGCGCAGCGCUGUCUUCCGAGGUUCGGCACCCGCAGCUGAGCCGCGCUCCGAUCUCAGUGCCGCCGGUCGGAGUCGCCAUCGCAUACUGUACGUUUCCACUUUGUAUGACUGCUUUUCUAAUGGCGAUGAUGCUUUCUUACUUUAUAACGGAAUCCCAAACGAAGCGUUGUUCCAAAUGUAGAAUCGAUCUUCGGUUUGUAUCGAGAAAACCAAUCUCAGACUUGUUUUCAACGUGAAAGAUCCAGCCUUUGUUGUUUUUAAUUACUGGUAGAAUAAAAUUAUCUUUUGUAACGUUUCAGAAAGUUGGCAAAAGCAAUAAAAAUCUACUGAACGAUA